AUGGCCGAGCCCAAGAAGCACAUUGUCGUUCUCGGCGCGUCAUACGCUGGGCUGUCGACGGCCCACUACGUGCUCAAACACGUCCUCCCCCGGCGGCCCGACAGCGGCGGCUACGACGUGGUGCUGGUCAGCGCCUCGGCCGAGGCCAUGUGCCGCCCGGCGUGCCCGCGCGCGCUGAUCGCGGACCGCUUCUUCCCGCAGGACAAGCUGUUCGUCAGCGUCGCAGCCCAGUUCGCCGCGUACCCGCCCAGCCAGUUCCGCUUUGUGCACGGCCGCGCCACGGCGCUGGACCGCCGCGGCCGCACCACCGAAACCAUCUCCUUCCACGCCCUCGUCAUCGCCACCGGCGCGUCCACACCCUCGCCACUGCUCGGUUUCAACGACGGCCCCAGCGACGCCCUGCGCGCGCACUGGGCAGCCUUCCGCACGGCCCUCCCCACCGCGCGCAGCAUCGUCAUCGCCGGCGGCGGGCCCGCGGGCGUCGAAGUCGCCGGCGAGCUGGGCGAGCACCUCAACGGCAGCAGCGGCGGCGGGUGGAAAGCCUGGUGGCCGCUCGGCUCCUCCAAACCGCCGCCACGCGUCGCCAUCACCCUGGUGACGUCGGCGCCGGAGCUGCUCCCGGCGCUGCCGCCCGCCAUCGCGCGCGCCGCCGAGGCCCAGCUUGCCCGGCUAGGCGUGCGCGUCGUCAAGAACACGCGCGUCACGGCCGUGUCAUUCACCGCGUCUCCGUCUCCAUCCUCCGGCAAUGCUACAUCGGACCCGGACCCGGACCCGGACCCGCUCACCAGCAACGCGGCCGUAGCGCUGGCAUCGGGCGCAGUGCUACACGCCGACCUGUACAUUCCCUGCGUCGGCACGACACCCAACACGGCGUUUUUGUCUAGUAGUGGGCUCCUCGCCGCCGACGGCCGCGUGGCCACGGAAUCGUCCACGCUGCGUAUUAGCAGUGCCCAGCCCAGCGAGCGGCUCUACGCCAUCGGCGACGCUAGCGACUACGCGCGCCGCCCAGCCGUGCAUGCCGUGCUGGCGGCCGUGCCGGUGCUGUGCGCGAAUCUGCGGAGGGAUUUGUUGCUGCCGCUGGUGGGUGAGGGAAAGGGGCAGGAGGGUGACGACGCCAUGUUUCGUGAGGACACCCGCGCCACGCAGCUCGUGCCCCUUGGUACGCGCACUGGUGUUGGUGCUGUCAUGGGAUACCGCUUGCCGGGCUUCGCUGUCUGGCUGAUCAAGGGGAGGGACUAUUGGCUGUGGACGACGGGACGGCUGUGGAGUGGGCGGCAGUGGGCGAAGGAGUCGUGA